AUGUCGCCACCGUUCGAGUCUCGCUUACUCUUAGUUGUUUUCCACAAUCAAGCCUGCGUUUUGUUAAAGCGUGUGGGCGGUUCCUUCCUCCAGCCUAUUCAGCACGGCCAGACCUUUUUCUCUGCUUCAUUCGACAGCUGCCGUUACUCGUAG